GAAAGUUGUUCAGUCACUCAGGGUAAGGAAGUAGAAUCUGUGAAGGCGCUUAAGUGGCCUCAAGAUUGACCUUUCUCCCCACCCCAAGACCCCUCUCUACCAGAAACCCCAUUUCCAGAAGUCAGUCAUUUCCUGUGAACUCACACGUUCCAGCCUGAUGUCCUGCAGCAACUUAUGGCUCAAGGGUGCCCAGGCCCCCCUGGUGCCCACUGAAGUGUUAAAGAAACUGAAGUUCAUUGGAGAAGGUGGGUUCGGCGCAGUGUUCCUGGCACGACAUGAGAAAUGGGGUCGUGAUGUGGCGGUCAAGAUCGUGAACUCGGAGGGAAUAUCGAAGGAGGUGAAGGCCAUGGCAAGUCUGCACAGCGAGGACGUGCUGCCACUGCUGGGGGUCACUGAGAGGCUGGAAUGGGACUACACGUCUGGGCCAGCUCUGGUGACUCGAUUCAUGGAGUAUGGUUCCCUGGCGGGGCUGCUGCAGCCCCAAUGUCCUCGGCCCUGGCCACUUAUUUGCCGCCUGCUACAAGAGAUUGUGCUUGGGAUGUGUUACCUGCACAGCCAGGAUCCUGUGCUGCUGCACCGGGACCUGAAGCCCUCCAACGUCCUGCUGGACUCAGACCUGCACGCCAAGCUGGCAGAUUUUGGCCUGUCCACAUUUCUGGGGGGCUCAAGGUCAGGGACAGGGCCUGGGGUGUUAGCGGGCACCCUAGCCUACUUGGCCCCAGAACUGUUGGCUAAUGUGAAUCAGAAGCCUUCUAUGGCCAGUGAUGUCUACAGCUUCGGGAUGCUGAUGUGGGCAGUGCUCGCAGGAAGAGAAGUUGAUGCGACCCCGACAUCACUGGUGCAGGGAGCCGUGUGUGACAGGAAGGUCCAGCCCCCCCUGACAGCGCUGCCCCGGCCUGGCCCUGAGACUCCAGGCUUGGAAAGACUGGUGGAGUUAAUGAAGCGCUGCUGGAGCCAUGAGCCCAAGGGCAGGCCUUCCUUCCAAGAAUGCAGACCGGACACUGAGGGAGCCCUCUGCCUGGUACAAAGUGGAGAUAACGAUGGUACAAAGAUGGAUGCUGCCGUCUCCACGGUAAAGAAGUUCCUGUCUGAGCACCGGAACAGCAACAGCAGGUUGUCUGCCCCUGAGCCAGGCCCAGUAGAAACAGAAAAUGAUGGUCCCGGGGGAGCCACAGAAAACCUUGAUUCCAUCAUGGCCUCCAACAUGCUGGACAAACUGAAUCUGAAAGGGUCCCCCAGUUCUGUUCCUGAAAAAUGUGCAAACCUUCCUGAGAGGAUUGAGGCAUGGAAAGAGCAGGUUCAGCGUACCUGCACAGCAGGAAUGUCUUCUGAAUCAACAACCCAGCCUCCCUCAACUUCAGAGACCUCAUCAUUCAAAAACCAGAUGCCCAACCCCACCUCAGCUAGGACGCCAGGUCCUGGAUCCCAGGGAAAUCAGGGGGCUGAGAGAUGUGGCACCAGCCGGCCUCCCGAGGAGCCAGAGCCAAAUCCAACACCAGGGCCAUCGCACUUUAACAUCAUCCAAGACAGCAAAUGGGUGCAGAUUGGAAACAACAACUACAUGCAGAUACCGAGAGAAACUGCUUUUCCCACAUGGAAACUGCCACCUCAGGGCAGGGGGAGGGGCAGUCAGUAUGCCCCCCACAAGUAGCCUUGAAAGAAGUGCCACAAGAACUUGACGCCUGGACUGGGUCACAGGGCCAGUAUAAUAACAACAGAAUUGAGGAAGCCUCUAAACUGCCUCCUGGACUUGAGGCAGCUGACCAAGACUUUCUCUGAGGGCCAUGAGACCCUGCACUGGAACUUUGUGCCCUCAGCCAUCAAUAAA